UGGGUUGGAUAUAGUAAUGGUAGGCUACAGUAUUUCUUACAAUCUAUUUUGACUGGAAUUGUGUUGGUCAUUGUUAAUAAGUGCAGCAUUUAUUACAGUUCAAAAUAGUUGUGCAAAAUACGUUACUCAUCAAAUCGUGCUGCUUUCCCCUCUUCUUGUAAUAAUUGCUCAACGAGUCUGUGACCGCGGUUGCGGGAUUAUUAUUAUUAUAUAUAUUUUUUUUUUUUUGGGGGGCUUUUUUGUUUGAGCACAUACCCCACAAACGGUCUGUGCACUGCCCUUCUCACGACAGAGAGACACACGCAGAGAGAAAUUCAAACCGCGUGCGCACACGCUCACACAGACGCUUCAAUCCUCCAGUGACCUGAAGCUGUUACCUCCGCUGGAAAGUGGAAUCGGAACUUCGCGGCGAGGCUUACUGACGGAAUGACAGAAGUGAUGAACACCUGUGAUUCGAAGGUGGGAGACUUCACCGUUGGAGGCGCCCCAGCAGACGAGGGUAUAUCCUUUCAGAUCUUUCCGGACUCCCACGAGAGGUUCCCUAAGCUGUCCAAGCGGCUUCCGUCCAUCGUGGUGGAGCCCACCGAGAGUGGGGAGGUGGAGAGUGGCGAGCUCCGCUGGCCCCCUGAUGACCUCACUUCCCCUGAUGACGACCCCGGAGAGGCCCAGGCCCAGGCAGUAGGCGGGGAUCAUCCAGAAGACGAAGAGCAAGUUGACAGAAUGAUGGGAGGAGUUUAAAACUGACUCUCGUGGUGCUGGCACCAUUCCAGCCAUUCACAGUGAGUGUCUCUAUGAUGGACUGCAGCAAGGAGGAGGGAGGGUCUUCAGGCUAAGCCCUUAAUUAACACAACCGCCAACAUGUUGGUAGACCUCCACACCACUUGGUGGGGCCGAGCCCUGCACGAUUGUCUUAAAUAGCUCUUACGUGGCAAACCUUAGUGGGUAGCUUGCUACUGUAGAUCAAUUGUUGCUUGUUUUACUUUAGGUUUCACAACGCCAUUUGUAUGUACACCCCUUUCAGAGUUUGUUUAUCUGUGAUCUUUAGAUAUAGGAACUAAAGACAUGAACACUACCGUAUAUAAAAUGUAUCUGACUGUCUUAGACCAAAGUCUAGAACACUGUCCUCUUAUUAAAACUGUAUGGACGCCGUAGAUAUACAGAUUUAUACAGUGAGUUUGGAAGAGGAGAAUUCAUCAUGAGGAAUGUGUCUUUCUUACAUUAUAUUGUAUAGCUGUUGGCUUCUGCUCAAAUGCAUGUUAUUAUCUACAGUCGUGGUCAAAAGUUUUGAGAAUGACACAAAUGCUAAUUUUCUAGAAUUAUCUAAAAGCCCUUAUUACAAUUUGUUUUUCUUUCAAACAACAGGAUUUGAAGCAUCAUUGUAGGUCAUAUAUAUUACAAAGCACAUGUAUUUUCAAUCAAGGACUAUUUGAAAUAACACAAUUUUCACAUAAAAAUGUUGUAUUAUUUAAUAUUUUGCCCAAUUUCAUAGUGUGUCUAGGGAUUGUUUUUGUUCAUUAAACUUAUAAACGCAACAUCGAAAGUGUUGGUCCCAUGUUUCAUGAGCUGAAAUAAAGGAUCCCAGAAAUUUUC